UUCACAUGAUCGAGAUGUCAAUGGGUGAUAGUGUGAUCACCAUCAAAUGGAGUACACUUUCUUUCUUUCUUUCUUGCAACCAUAUACCUACCAUCAACAACUCAUCACACCGAAAAAAAAGAUGCUUUUUGAAGAACGGCAAAGAAGAUGAGUAAACAGCAUCACCACCAUACAGGCAAUUCUUCAAGCGGCAAACAUACACCAGCACAAGAUGUAGAAGGAGAUUUUGCUGAUUUCCUACAAGCAGAAGAAUUAAAAGAAAAGUUAGCAAAAGAACAAGAAGAAGAAAUCAAACGAGAACUUAAAGCAGCAAAAAAUACGAAAAAGUUACGUGAUAGUGCCAAUGGUUAUGUUGCUGCUUCUAGUGGAGGAUUAGGAGGACAUGGUAAACCUCAAACGCCAGAAGAACGUUGGAGAAGGAUUCAUCCUGAACCACAGAGAGAAGAAUUCAAACCUGAUCAUCCAACCUUGGAAGAACAACAUUCGUUUCCCGGGGAAUUGCAUGAACGACAACAUUCACAUUCACAUCCUAUAUAUGCAUCCCAUCCGAAUUCACGACAUCAAUCUAGGCGGAAUAGUGAAGAUUCAGAAGCAACAGCUUCGACUCUUCAUUCGUAUGCAUCCAGUAUCGCUGAACCACAUCAAGCACCGCCCGCCAAUCCAUCCGUGAUCAGUUUGAAAUCGUUCGAUCAAGAUGGCAGAAAUGGAAGUCGUAGUAUCGCCAGUGGAGGAGCUAAUCCAGCUUUGGCAAAGCCAUUGAUGGAAUUGGAAGAAUUAGAGUUAGACUCCUUUCUUAAGAAUUUUGGACGGCAUACGAGAGAAGUACGAAUACCGCAUUCUGCAAAUUAUUCCACAAAACGAAUGCCUAGAUGGCAAGAUUUUCGUAUUCCACCUGAUGAAGCAGAAAUGGCAGCCGCUCAAGGGAAGCGGGUUACAGUUCUUACACAUGUCAAUAUGGGCUUGAAAGCUUUCGAAAGAGCGGAAAAUGCGGAAGAAGAAGAAGUAGAGGAAGAGCUAGAAGUCGAAGGUGGAGAUGAUAGUCAGGUGGAUGGAAUAGCAUGGGCUAUCGCAUACAUUCUUGCAAGUAUAGAAAGGUAUGCACCGGAAGAAUUGGAUAAUACACCUGAUCAAACUUAUCGAGAAAGCAGAACAAGAAGUCAUAUCGAAAGACUGUAUCUCAUUGCGCCAUUUUGGGAACGACUUUUGUUCGGCUUACGAAGGAUUUAUCGCUGGGAAGAUCCUAGAAGGACGUCAUCUAUCGCAAUGAUCUAUUUUACACUUUGGUAUUUGGAUCUUAUACCUACAGCGUUUCUUUUGAUGUUGAUGUAUUACGUUUGUCAAUUCCGCUUCUUUCCUCCAAGUGCAAGCUUUUUGCAUGCUCAAGUCCGUGCAAGAAUGGCUCGUGGUGUAGACGCAGAUCGAUUGGCCGAAAGGUUGCGGAGGAGAAGUAGAUUGGACGUUUUGGAAUUGUAUAAACGUUUCGUUGUCGCUUAUGGAUCAGGAACGCAAUUAGCAGCCGGUGAUAUUGCAGAUUUUCAUGAAAAAGUCAAGAAUUUGAUCUUAUGGCGUAAUACAACAGCAACAUGGCGAACAUUAUUCUUGUUGGGGAUCGCAACCGUUUUCGUUACAUUUGCAUCAUCUCAUUUGAUUUGGAAAACGGUCUUUGCAUUCCUUGGAUUUACGUUUUUCAUUCUGUUGCCUUUGCAAUCACAUUAUCCACGUUUUCGAAGACCUCUAAGUCCGAUUUGGUGGGCUUUAUGGGGCGCUCCAACAGAUGCGCAAUUCGCCAUUCAACUUUUACGAAGACGUCAUUUGGAAAGACAACAUGCCAAACAUCCUCCGCUAGAAGGUGAAGUUGAACAGCCAGGAAUGGGUAAUCGUUCGAUGAGUGACUCUGCCGGUAGAACUUCGAUGAGCACUCGUUUUGCCGAUAGUAGCGGUGGUGGAUUGAGUAGCGGUCGUGAAAGUCCAACAACAGGCAAGCACAAAAAGCAUACGAGUGACUUGGCAGCAUUGAAAAAUCGUUUCUUACGUCAAAGUUCCGCUGCUGCACAUGCGGUUGCCUAUGGAGAAAUUGAUAAAGCGGAAGAUGGAAAAUUGAUGGAUUUACAAGACGUAAAAGUGUUAGACGGUGGUCAAAUCUUGUCAAAACCACGUAAACUCGGUUCAUUCUUCUGUCAACAUCAUGGUGUUCCCGGUCACUUACACGUCACAACUCGAAUGCUUUAUUUUGUCGCUUUACAUACCCAUGCCAAUCUCAAUAAUCGAGGUGGUCAUAAAACCUGCAAAACUCCUUUAGGCGAAAUUACCGGUUUAAUCAAAACAAAGAGUAUCAAAUUACUCGUUUGGAAUAGUAGUGGUUUACAGAUCACUAGAAGAAAUAAAGGUAGCAUGCUUUUUAGCAAUAUGCCUCAUCGAGAUAAUGCUUUUAAUCUUCUGCUAGCUGUUGGAUCAGAGGUCUGGCACAAACAUGUAUAAUAUCUUUCACACUUUUCUUUGUAAUGGGAUGCUCGAUUCUCACAUUUAUAUCCUUCAC